AUGGAAGAUGGGUCUUCAGUUAUUCGACCAUCUUCUCUAAAUGGAUCAAAUGCAACUACAAAUAGUUUCAAGCACGGAAACCAAAUUCUCGGAGUUUUGACUUAUCCUUCGAAAAGUUGUCAUCCUAUGAUGGAUCAAGAUCAUACUUGUCAGACGCUAGAGUUGAAAGAAAUCAAGUCCAUAGACUUGAAUGUCCCAAUCUUAAUUGAAGAAGACAAAUUAGUGAAUCCAGAUCUACCAGGUGAAAUUUUAGACUUAAGUAUCAAAAGAGACAUAGAUCAAGGGAUCAAAGCUAAUGAUCAUAUGGAGAACAGAAAGAAGCGACCAAAAAAGAGCAAAAAAAAGGGUCGACAUUCUAAUUCAGUCAAAGAGCAUUGGCUACUUGAGGAGGAUAGGUUAUUGGUGAGCUUGGUCAAUGAAUAUGGAGAUAAGAAAUGGGCUGAAAUUGCUCAAGUGCUUAAAGGGAGAAAGGGGAAACAGUGCAGGGAGAGAUGGCAUAACCAUUUGAGACCAGAUAUUAAGAAAGAAACAUGGACAGAGGAAGAGGACAGGCUUUUGAUAGAGGUCCACAAGGAACUGGGGAACAAAUGGGCGUCCAUUGCAAAGAUGCUGCCAGGACGAUCCGAGAAUGCCAUAAAGAACCACUGGAACGCAACUAAAAGAAGGAAAUGCAAGAGCAAGGGACCUUGUCGCUCCAUCUUGAAGGAGUAUAUCAAGAGCCUUCAGGCUUUGAAAUCAUCAUCAGCCACUGCUACUGGUGAAGGCCCAUCGGUGAAUCCAAAAGCUCCAAUUACCCAUCAUCAUCAUCACCUUCAGUUUCAUCAGUUGGCUCUUGCUGUUGCUGUUGCAGCCCCUACCCCUAACUGA